UCUUUAGUCAGUGCUUUAGAGGCCUCGAAGCAAUUUCUGAGAUAGACGAACGACGCUCGCAACGACGCGCAGCGACGCAUACGACAAAAAUUAUAAUACCACGCGUUAGCCAGUGAGUGCAGUGAAGUGAAGUGUUAUAAAAUCUUCAAAAUACAACUCCUUUGUAAGAAGUAAGUGUAUGUGAGUGUUCUUAAGUGCAGUUCACUUGUGCUCAGAAAACUUCCUUUGGAUAUCACCUACAUUAAAAAUGGAUGUUCUAUAAAACCACAAUUGAUGCUCGAAGAUUGCAAAUUCCACAGUUUUAUCAACAAAAUUUGCACCAACCUUAUAAACUUCAUGUAACUUUUGAAAUGGAGGCCGAGUUCAUGUCAUCUAUAUCGAAAUAGAAAAGUAAUAGCAUGGGAGUGGCAGAAGAUUUCGCUCCCAGCUUCACGCAAAAGCCUCAAUUGAGGCAGGAGGACGAUGGAAACAAACUUAUAUUUGAAUGCCAGCUACUGGCAGCACCGAAACCAGAAAUCCAAUGGUUUCGCAGUGACGUGCCUCUAACGGAAGAUAGUAGGACCAAUUUUAAAAUACAAUCAAUAGGCACAAAUAAAUUUUUAGUUGUACUCGAAUUAGAUGAUGUUAUUGAAACAGAUGCUGGUCUUUAUAAGGUUAAAGCGAAAAAUAGCAUGGGAGAAGUUGCGGCAUCCAUCAAUCUCAACUUUAGCCCAAUGGAUGAACCAAAAGAAAAACAAAUAGACGGCUUAGCACCCACUUUUGCUAAAAAACCAGCGAUUCGACAAGAAGAUGAUGGCAAAAAAUUACUAUUCGAAUGUCGAAUACAGGCAGAUCCCCGUCCAACCGUCAGCUGGUGUCAUAAUGGCAAGGCAGUCAGCGAAGGUCUACGACACAAGUUGAAGAUAGAUAAAGAUGGCCACUCAUAUUUUGCGACCCUUGAAAUAGUUGAUGUCACGGUAGAGGAUGCUGGCAAAUAUAAGGUUACCGCAAAAAAUGAUUUGGGGGAAAGUAAUGCAACAAUCAGCCUUAACUUCGACAGCGAUGAGGCACCAGUACCCGAAAAAGAGGGUAUCAAACCAACCUUCACGGAGCGUCCACUCAUUCGGCAGACGGAGGACGGAUCUACCAUAACCUUCCUGUGUCGAUGCGUCGGAGAGCCGAAGCCAGAAAUUCAGUGGUUCCACGGAAAGGAGGAAAUCAAACAAAACAGUAGGUACUCAAUGUCAAUGGAAGUUGACGAGAAGAUUUAUUACAUAGCACGACUCGAAAUAGCCAACGUCAAAAGAAACGAUCGUGGAGAGUACCGCGCCGUUGCGAUUAAUCGAUAUGGUACCGGCGUCGCUACCAUAAAUUUAAAUUUUGAGGGUAUAGAAAAGCCCAAAAUACCUGAUGGCAAAGCACCAAGGUUUCCCAAAAAGCCCACAAUUAAACAAGAGGGAGAUGUUCUUAUCAUGGAAUGUCUCCUCGAGGCUUAUCCCGAUCCAGAUAUAUCUUGGUUUCAAAGCGAGAAAAGCAUUGCGGACAGUGCGCGUGUGCGUAUGCUCCGAAAAACCACUAGUAAAGAUACAUAUCUUCUUACUUUAGAAAUCGCGAAUCCCACCCGCGAAGAUGGUGGUCAUUACAGAUGUAAUGCAUUCAAUGAAUUCGGUGAAAGCAACGCUAACAUUGCAUUGAACUUCCAAGGUGGAGAUAGCGCUGACGGUUUUGCGCCAUCUUUUCUUGAAAAACCAAAAAUUAUACCUAAUGAGAGCGGUACUCUCAUUACUAUGAAAUGUAAAUGUAAAGCUAAACCGAAACCUGACGUCACGUGGUUCCGAGGAACCACAGUCGUCAAGGAAUCUUCAAAAAUUAAAAUCCAAAUUGUUGAUAUUGAAGAAGACAAAUAUGACUUGUCACUCGAAAUCAAGGAUCCUGCAGCAGAAGAUGGCGGUACUUAUAGAUGUCACGUCAAAAAUGAAUAUGGUGAAAGUAAUGCAAACUUAAAUUUAAACAUUGAAGCGGAAUCGGAACCGGAAGGAGAAGGACCAACGUUCGUGGAAAAACCAAAAAUCACCUCACAUGACGGUGGGAAACUCGUUGUCAUGGAGUGUAAAGUCCGUGCUAAUCCUAAACCAAGUAUAGUUUGGUACCGAGAAAACAAACAAGUCACAGAAUCAACCAAGAUUAAAAUUAGUAUCAAAGAAACGGAAGAAGAUCUUUACUUUGUUAAAUUAGAAUUGAAAGAUCCGGGAAUUGAUGAUUCUGGCUUGUAUAAGUGCAAUAUUAGAAAUUCACUUGGUGAACUCAAUGCCAACCUCAGUUUAAGCAUCGAAAUCAUUCCUGUUAUCAAAGAAAAGCCUAAAGUUAUAAAGAUUAUUAAAAAGAAAACAAUUAUUGUAGAAUGUAAGGUACUUAGUAAAUUCGCUCCUGACUGUACCUGGUUUAAAGAAGAUGAAGCUAUUAAAGAAGAUCACAGACGUACUGUACACGUUGACCAGAUCAAAGAUGGCGAAUUUAAUAUCAAACUCGAAAUUAAUGAAGUUCAAAAGAACGACAAAGGUCUGUACAAAUUGGUAGCUAAGAACGAAAAAGGGGUAGCUACUUCACAAGUUGUUGAAGUUACUGAAUUACCUCCUGAUGAAAAACCGAAAGGCGAAAAACCGAAAUUGACCAGAUUGACAAACAUCAUAACUGAAGAAGGAAAAUCUGUUGAUUUCAUAACUUCAUUAAAAAUAGAGGAUAAAACUGUGAAAAUAUUAUGGUACAAGAAUACGACUGUAAUUAAUGAAUUUUCUGACAUAAAAAUAACUUUUGAUGGCACUGUAACAAAAUUAAGUAUAAGCAAAUGUAAAACAUCACAUUCUGCUACAUAUAAAUGUGUGGCUAAAAAUGAAUUUGGUGAGGAUGAAACAAGUGCUACACUACAAGUAAAAGAAGUUAAAGAGGAAGAAGAAGAGGAAUCAGAAGAGGAAGUAUUAACUGAACAGAAAGAAGAGGCAAAAAAAGAGGAGAUGAAUAUAGAAGAGAAAAAAGAGGAGACAAAAAAAAAGAAGAUAGAAAAAACGGAGGAAAAGAAGGUAGAAGAGAAGUUUAUUGACAAGAAGGACGAAGAGAAGAAGGCAAUCGAAAAAACCGUUGCCCAAAAGAAAGAGGAAAUAAGAGGCGUUGAAAAGAAAAGUACACGGACUUCAACACAACAGAACAAAGAAGUUAAGAUAGAAUCACGUAGGAGUUCAAUAAUUGAAACUGAAGAAAAAACGCUUAAAGAUGGAAAAGUCAGUCGAAAAUCUUCAUUCUCAAAUGUCAAUGAGGAAAUAAAGACAGAAUCCAGGCGUACAUCAUUCGUAGAUGAUAAGAAAAAGAUCACAAAAGAUACAAAAAAACUGGAAACUACAAAAGAAGCGAAAACUCCUGACACUUCCACCAAUCACAUAGAAGGUGGUUUUAAACCAGAACUGGACAGUAAAACAGCUAAAAACCGAGAACCCAAGGAUGUGGAAUCUAUAAAACCUAAAGAAUCUAAAACCGAAAAGCAACAAGACGAUAAACUAACCUCUAAUGUAACUGACACUCGUAAACCUUUGGCAUCUGAUUCUGAGAAAUCUAAAGACGAUAAGCUAUCUACUAUCGAAAAUACUACUCGUAAACCUUUAAUACAUGAACCUGAAAAAUCGACACAGGCUACAACUAAGCUUAAUGAAAAUUCUGCUCUUAUUAAUAAACCCGCCCGUAAGUCUCUCACACCAGAACCCUCCAAACUCAAACCAAAAGAAGACACUUUAUCACCUAACCAAAUUACACGUAAGUCGUUGACUCCAGAACCUCAAAAAGCUGCAGAGAGAUCUACACUUUCAGAGAAUAUGGAAAAACCAAAAGAAGAAAAUAAGCUCUCAACUUCUCGCCCAUUCGAUAAGAAAUCUGAUCCUCAGAAAACUGAACUCGCUGUUCCAGAUCUUGAGGCGAGGCGUUUGUCUCUUAAAAAGUCUGAAGAAAAGCAAGAAAUUCCUGGCAUUAAAAAGCAUGACAAACCCAAACGGAUUAUCCCUCCGAAAGCAGCUACUCAAACGGGUUCAUUUUUAAAUGUACAAUUGAAACCCGUGCAAUCAAAUGGUAAAAAAGCUAAAAAAGCCGAAACACUCGAAGUAGAUUUGAAGAAAACUGGAGCUGAUAAAGAGAAAACUUCAGCUAAAAAAUCUGUUAAAAAAGAAGAGAAAUAUGAUUAUAAUGAGUGGGAAAAUAUACCUGACUAUGAAAGACCUGUUUUGGAGACAUUCGAAAAACAUGAGAAACCUGAAUACGCUGGUAGAGAAAAAACCAAAUUAUCUAAGGAAAAACCAAGCCUAGCAUUCGAAAGUAAAGAAAAAGCUCCCGACCAAGCCUCAACACUUGAACAACCUAGACCUAGCCUCCCUCAAAUAAAAACUCCUGAUGCUCCUAAAAUUGAAGUGAGUAGAGAGAAAACUCCUGAACCCAGAAAAAAAUCUCUCGAGCCUGGCUCUGGGCCAGGAAGUCGCAGAGGCUCUCUUAUACCACCAGAAGCAAUGGGACGACGUGCCAGUCUCAUCAUUUCAGACGAGGAACGUAGGAAACUUCGUCCAGGAGAGGUUUUAGAAGAGAAAAAGCGUCGGCGACCAAGCUCAGAUGUACGUCGUCCAAGUUUAGCAGAGUUAGAGGAUCUUGUAAACAAAGCUUCAACUCCACUCACGCCUAGAGGAAAUAAAGGAGCAGCACCUCAAAUAAUCGAUGUCCAAGAAAACUAUUCCUCAAUAGAAGAUCAAACAGCCUACAUGACAGUUCAAGUUGAGGGUGAUCCAGCACCAACUUUCAAAUUCUAUAAGGGAAUGACUGAAAUUAUUGAAGGUGGUCGAUUCAAAUACGUAACCGAUGGCGAAACAAACUUGAUCACCCUAUGUAUCAGAAAAGUGAAGCCCAAUGAUGAAGGUACCUACAAAAUAAUUAUUUCGAAUAUUUAUGGUGAAGAUUCUGCUGAAAUGACACUUUUUGUUGCUGGUGCCGGAGGUGUUGAUUUCCGCUCUAUGCUUAUGAAGAGAAAGUAUGCCAAAUGGGAUAAAGGCAAAGAAGAUCCAGAUUGGGGAGAUUUAAAGGAAGUGGAAAAACCUAUGCCUGCACUAAAGAAGGUUGAAAAGAAACAAGAAAGUUUCCUAAAACCACUGGUGGAUCAAUUUGCCAAAGAGGGCAAGGAUAAGAAAGUAGUUUUUGAUGCUGCUUUUACAAAAACAAACUGUAAACCGAAAUGGAUGUUUAGGAAAGAUGAGCUGUUUCCAGGCUCCAAAUAUAAAUUUAAAAAUGAUGGUGACGUAUAUCAACUGAUUAUUAAUAACCCGAAAGUGGAGGAUACUGGAAAAUAUACAAUUGAAAUAGGGGGUGUCAGCUCGACUGCAUUUCUCACAGUAGAUGAACCUGAUCCAAGCUACACUUUUACCAAACCACUUAAAAAGAAAUAUGAUGGCUAUACUAAACACGAAUUAGAACUUGCUUGUACAGUUAGCAGUAGUUUGGCUAUCGUAGGAUGGUACAAAGGAGACAACAAACUUGAGGAUAAUGACAAAUACAGUAUCUCUAAAGACAUUAACGGGGUAUGCCGUCUCACUAUUAAAGACGCUGUAUUUGAAGAUAUUGGUGAAUAUACAUGUAAACUUGAGAAACAAACUGAAAAAACACAAACUAAAGUCAACAUUGUUGAGUAUCCAUACAAAUUUGUAAAGGUACUUAAACAUCAGCAGCAUGUAGAAAAAGAAAAUAUAACACUUGUUUGUGAACUUAACGACGCCGGGGGCGAUGUUAAGUGGUUCAAGAAUGGAGAAGAGAUUAAACCUGAUAAAAGACUAGUUAUCAGUAAAGAUGGACGUAAAAGAAAACUUGUUAUUAAAGAUGCUAAGGUUACAGAUGCAGGUAUGUUUUCUUGUACAACGAAUGCAGACAAAACUGAGGCUGAAAUUAUUGUUAAUUAUUUGAAUCGUUUUAACAAGAAACUUAAAGACACAGUUGCCGUUGAAAGAGAGAAAUUAGUUAUAGAUAUUGAACUACAAGACCAAACCGCACCUUGUGAAUGGCUUUUCAAUGGCAAACCAAUUACACCUUCUGAUAGAGUUGAAAUCAAGAAUUUAGGAGGAGGUAAACAUCAACUGGUCUUCAAUACUCUUGAUAUGGAGGACAAUGGUGAAAUUAAAUGUGUAUCUGGAAAACUCGAAUCUGCUAUGCAACUGAGUGUGAAAAAAGGUGAAAGCAAACCUCAAAUCGACUUUCCAUCAGAGUUUGCCGCACCUAUUAGCAAACCUAUUGUUCUCGAAGUACCAUACAAAAUUGAGGGAACAAGACAAACUCUUUUGGAGGCUAAAUUAAUCAAGGAUGGAAAGGUACUUCCAGUAAAGGAUGUAGAAACUGUAAUCACAGAUGAUAAAGUAACGUUCAAAAUUAAGAAACCUACAAGAAAUCAAUCUGGCCCUUACCAAAUCAAACUUUCUAACGGACAAGGAGAAGACAUUAAAGAUGUGAACAUUAUAAUGCAAGAUGUGCCCACUCCACCAGAAGAUGUUAAUGUAACCGAUGUCUUUCAAGAUAACUGUAAGGUAUCGUGGAAAACACCAAAAGAUAACGGCGGAUCUCCUCUUUUACAUUACAUUGUUGAAAGACAAGAUUUAUCUCUCAAAAGUGGUUGGGAAAAUGUUGGUGAAGUGAAAGCUAACGAGCCAACCACAUACAAAGUAGAGAAACUGACUCCUAAGAAGGAAUAUAAAUUCAGAAUCAGGGCUGUAAAUGCCCUUGGUCCUAGUGAACCUGCUACUUUCGGUAAACCAGUAUUAGCUAAAGACCCUUGGGAUGAAGCAAGCAAACCUAAAGAUGUAGAAGUUGUUGAUUGGGAUGUUGAUCAUGCAGAUUUAACUUGGAAAGUACCAGAUAGUGAUGGAGGAGUUCCCAUUACCGGCUACGUUAUUGAGUACAAAGAAAAAUUCGCUAAGGAUUGGAAAUCAGGCGUUGAAGUACCUGGCGAUCAACUUAAAGGCACAGUACCUAAACUAAAAGAGAAUAGUCAGUAUGAAUUUAGAGUAAGGGCUAUAAAUAAAGCUGGGCCAGGCGAACCGAGCGAUCCUACUAAGCCUAUUAUAGCUAAAUGCAGAUUCGUCAAACCAUUCAUCAUUGGCAAUGAUCUAAAUAACAUUAUUAUCAAGAAAGGACAAGUAGUUAAAUAUGAUAUUAAAUUUGGUGGAGAACCAGAACCAGAAGUACAAUGGUUUUUAGAUAAAAAAGAAAUAAAACCAGAUCUUGAAGAAAGAAUUACUAUUGAUAAGUAUGAUAAAAACACCAUUAUUACAGUACGUAGAUGUACAAGAGCAGAUAGUGGAAAAUACCGACUAGUACUCAGCAAUAGUUCUGGGACUUGUGAAGGUAUUACAGAGGUCAUAGUACUAGACAAACCUACACCUCCAAAAACAAUGAAAAUUGAAGAAAUUCGUGCUGACCAUGUUACUGUUGCUUGGCAAAAACCAGAGGAUAUGGGCGGUACUGAUCUCACUGGUUAUGUACUGGAAAAAAUGGAUAUGGAUACCGGACGGUGGAUACCUGCUGGUGAAGUAGGUCCCGAUGAAAACAAUUUUACAUUCAAAAAUUUGACUCCUAAGAAAAAAUAUAAAUUCAGAGUUCGGGCUAAAAAUAAAGAAGGAGAGUCAGAACCUCUGGAAACUGACGAUUUCAUCUUAGCAAAGAAUCCUUAUGAUGAACCCGGAGCUCCAGGGCAACCUGAGAUAUUUGAUUAUGAUAACAAGAGUGCAAGUCUGAAAUGGUCCAAGCCUGAUAGUGAUGGGGGUCGUCCAAUUACCCAUUACACAGUAGAAAUGAAAGACAAAUUUGCUGUUGAUUGGUCUGAAGUUGCUCAAACUUCUGACAAUACCCCUGAAAUUGUUGUUUCUGGUUUGAAAGAAAACAUGGUAUACCAGUUCCGUGUAAGGGCACACAAUAAAGCUGGGCCUAGUGUACCUUCAGCACCAACCGCUAAUCAUCUCUGCAAACACAAAAACUUAAAACCAAGAAUUGAUCGUGAAACAUUUAAAGCUAUUACUAUCAAAGCUGGUCGUACCCACAAAUGGGCAGUUGACUUUAUGGGAGAACCUCCACCGUCUGUUAAAUGGGUGUGGAGAGAUGACAUUCCAUUAUCAAAUAGUGAGCGCAUAAAAAUUGAAAAUUCUGACUACCACACAGAUUUCACACUCAUUAAUACCGUUCGUAAAGAUUCGGGAAAAUAUACACUCAUCAUUGAAAACGUUAACGGAAAAGACACGGAAACUGUUGAACUGACUGUUCUAAGUAAACCAGCAGCUCCAGAAGGACCUUUAGAAGUAUCUGAUGUGACUGCAGAAAAAUGUAAAGUUAGCUGGAAGAAACCGGAAGACGAUGGAGGUAGUCCAAUUAAAGAAUAUGAAAUUGAAAAGAUGGAUGUAUCCACUGGAAAAUGGAUACGAGUCGGUCGUUUGCCUGCAGACAGAAUUUCACCUGAUGGUAAAGGAGAAUUUGAGGUGGCAGGACUCAUUCCAGGUUCUGAAUACAAAUUUAGGGUAACAGCUGUAAAUGCAGAGGGUGAUUCUGAUCCUCUUAUAUCUGAAAAGCCAGUACUAGCAAAGAAUCCAUUCGAUGCUUCUGGUAAGCCGGGUACUCCAGAAAUCAUUGAUUAUGAUAACAAAGGUGUAAAUCUUAAAUGGACUCCUCCCAAAAACGAUGGGGGAGCGCCAAUUGAAAAAUAUAUUAUAGAAAAAAAAGACAAAUUCAAACCUGACUGGGAAAAAGCAGUUGAAGUACACGCUGACCAAUUGGAAGCUCGUGUUGAUGAUUUAAAAGAACGUGGUGAAUACCAGUUUCGUGUGAUCGCAGUUAACAAGGCUGGACCAGGAACUCCAUCAGAUGCAUCUCAAAUGCAAAUUAUAAAACACCGAGCACUUAAACCUAGAAUUGAUAGAACUAAUCUUAAGCCCAUAAUCGUGCGAGCUGGAAAACCUAUUAAGUAUGAUAUUGAUAUCAAAGGUGAACCGAUUCCCACUUGCACUUGGUUUCACAAUGAUGAAGAGGUCAAGUCGGAAGGAAAUAUUGAAAUUAUAAAUGUCGAUUAUAAUACUAAAAUUAAUAUUACUAAUUCUAUUAGAAAAAAUACGGGUCUAUACAAAAUCAAAGCUGUUAAUGAACACGGAUUUGAUGAAGCUGAAGUUGAGGUGACUGUGUUGUCAUCUCCUUCCAAACCAAAAGGACCACUUAAGGUUACCGAUGUUACCAGAGGUGGUUGCAAACUUACAUGGGAAAAACCUGAAGAUGAUGGUGGUAAACCUAUAACUGGUUAUCAAGUAGAGAAAUAUGAUAAACAAACUGGUCGUUGGGUUCCAGUUGGAAGAACGAAUGAUACCGAAAUGGAUGUUAAAGGUUUGCAAGAAGGACAUGAAUAUGAUUUUCGUGUUAAAGCUAUUAAUGAUGAAGGAGAAUCUGAACCACUCGAAACUGAUGGUUCUAUUAUUGCUAAGAAUCCAUACGAUAUUCCGGGUAAGCCCGGAGUACCUGAAAUUAUAGACUGGGAUGUUGAUCGUGUAGAUUUGAAAUGGACUCCACCUAAAAAUACUGGAGGUGCUCCAAUUAUUGGAUAUGUUAUUGAAAAGAAAGAGAAAUUUUCUACAUCGUGGGAUGAAAUUCAUACUACAGAUUCACCAACAUGUGAAGCACGUGUACCCGGUCUAAAAGAGAGAAAUACAUACCAGUUUCGUGUUCGAGCGAUUAACAAAGCUGGUCCAGGUGAACCUAGUGAUGCUACGAAUCCUCAUGUAGCUAAAGCCAGACAUUUACGUCCACAAAUUAAUCGUGAAAAAAUGCACACGGUCAAAGUGCGAGCUGGACAGCUCGUUAAAUACGAUGUCGAUGUUAAAGGUGAACCUCCACCAGUUUGCACUUGGAGUUUUUCUCAUAAACCACUUGAAAACAUCGGUUCUGUUAAAAUUGAGAACGAAGAUUAUAACACCAAACUUACACUUAGUGAUACAAAAAGAAAAGAUACUGGAACUUACACUCUCAAAGCAGAAAAUGAUUCUGGUUUUGAUGAAGCUACUGUAGAAGUUAUUAUAUUAGACAAGCCCGAAAAACCAGAAGGACCACUUGACGUAACAGAAGUCCAUAAAGAAGGAUGCAAACUUAAAUGGAAUAAACCUAAAGAUGAUGGUGGUUUACCCAUAACUGGCUAUGUUAUUGAGAAACAGGAUAUUCAAACAGGACGUUGGUUACCAGCAGGCUUUGUUGAUGCUGAUAAACUAGAUCAUGAAAUUACUGGACUGGAACCAAACAAAAAAUACAACUUUAGAGUUAAAGCCGUCAAUGAAGAAGGUGAAUCAGAACCUCUUGAGAACGAUAUAGCAAUUGUUGCCAAAAAUCCAUAUGAUAUCUCGGCUCCACCUGGUCUUCCAGAAAUAGUCGACUGGGAUGAGAAGUCUGUUAAACUUAAAUGGGAUAAACCAGUUAGAGAUGGAGGAUCCCCUAUCACUGGAUAUAUUAUCGAAGCAAUGGAUAAAUUUGGAGGACAAUUUGUGAAAGUAGCUGAAACUGGACCGCAAUGUAAUGGAACCGUACCUAAACUUGAAGAAGGUAAUCAAUACAAAUUCCGAAUAAGAGCUGUAAACAAGGCUGGUAUAUCUGAUCCUUCUGAACAAACCAACUGGCAUACAGCCAAACCCAGAUUCUUGAAACCUCUCAUAGAUCGAACAAACUUAGUGCCCCUCGCAAUAAAAGCAGGUCUGUCAAUAAGUUUGGACAUUAAUAUUCAAGGUGAACCUCCACCAACAGUCACUUGGCUAUUUAAUGGUCAAGAAAUACAAUCAACUGAAGAAAUUCAAAUCACUAAUGUAGACUACAAUACUAAAUUUUUUGUACUUAAAGGAAAACGUGUGCAUUCAGGAAAAUACACCAUUAUUGCUAAAAAUGAAGUAGGCAUAGAUGAAGCUGAAAUUGAAAUAUCUGUUCUUGGUAAACCUAAAGCACCUAAAGGACCCCUCGAAGUUAGUGAUAUUACCAAAAAUAAGUGUAAACUCAAAUGGAACAAACCAGAUGAUGAUGGUGGUUCUCCUAUUGACCAUUAUGAAAUUGAAAAACUUGAUCCACUUACUGGUCAAUGGAUUCCAUGUGGAAGAAGUACAGAACCCGAAGCAAAUAUCACUGGAUUACAAGAAGGUAAACCUUAUAAAUUCAGAGUUAAAGCUGUAAAUAAGGAAGGUGAAUCAGAACCUCUUGAAACCGAAAAAACCAUCAUUGCCAAAAAUCCAUAUGAUGAGCCUAGUAAACCAGGUCGUCCAGAUCUUAAAGACUGGGACAAAGAUUUCGUCGAACUGUCAUGGAAACCUCCAGUUAGUGAUGGAGGAGCGCCAAUUCAAAAGUAUAUUAUUCAAAUGCAUGAUAAGGCUGGUCGUGGAUGGAUCGACGCAGCGUCUGUACCCGGAGAUAAAACUAUUGGAAGAGUAGAAACUGUAGAAGAAGGUCAUGAAUAUGAAUUUCGUAUUGUUGCAGUUAACAAAGCUGGACCUAGUGAGCCAAGUGAUCCGUCUAAACCAGUUAUAGCUAAGCCAAGAUUUUUGGCUCCCAAAAUUGAUCGCAAAAAUCUGGGGAAAAAAGUUUUACGCACUGGCCAAUUAUUACGUUUGGAAGCUGAUGUCAAAGGUGAACCAGCUCCAGUUGUUGUUUGGACAUUGAAAGAUCAAACUCUAAGAAAUAAUGAUAGAAUUAAAAUAGAUAAUGAGGAAUAUCAUACCAGUUUCAUAUUCAAGAAUGUACAAAGAAGUGAUACUGGUAUUUAUACUGUAACAGCAAGAAAUGAUUCAGGCGUAGACACAGUCGAUGUUGAACUUCAGAUUAUCGCUAAACCUUCUAAGCCCAAAGGGCCUCUUAAAGUAUCUGGGGUUACGGCAGAAGGUUGUAAACUCAAAUGGGAAGCACCUGAAGACGACGGAGGAGAGCCAAUUAGCGGAUAUGUCGUUGAAAGAAUGGAUGUUGAAAGUGGACGGUGGAUACCAGUUACUACUACAAAAACACCCGAAGCUGACGUUAUUGGACUUAACGAAGGAAAAGAUUACCAAUUCAGGGUCAAGGCAAUAAAUUCUGAAGGUGAAUCAGAUCCUUUAGUUACUGAUGUACCAACAACUGCUAAGAAUCCGUACACCGAACCUAAUGCUCCUGGUAAACCAGACAUUAAGGAUUGGACUAAACACCACGCUGACCUCAAAUGGACUCCUCCUAAGAAUGACGGAGGUGCACAGAUUGAAAAGUACAUUGUAGAAAAGAAAGAUCCCGUUACAGGUAAAUGGCAAAAAGCUCUUGAAGUACCUGGUAACAAAACUGAAGCUAGGGUACCUGAUUUACAGGAAGGACAAAAAUACCAAUUCAGAGUUAAAGCUGUUAACAAAGGAGGUGAGAGUAAGCCUUCACAACCUUCUGAAACAAUUACAGCUAAAGACAGAUUUGUUGCACCUAAAAUCGAUCGUACCAAUCUUAGAGACCUUACAAUUAAAGCUGGUCAGCAUAUUCGAUUAGAUGUUAAAGUUAGUGGUGAACCACCACCAAUAAAAACCUGGUUUCUCAACAAAGCUCGUAUUGAAAAUCGAGAUGAUAUUACUAUAGAUUUGGAGGAUUAUAAAACAAAACUAGUGAUCGGGGUGGCUAAAAGAGUACACACUGGUACAUUAACCCUUAAAGCAGAAAAUGAUUCAGGAAGAGAUGAAGCGAGCAUUGAGAUUAAAGUUUUGGACAAACCUUCUAAGCCAGAAGGACCUCUGAAAAUUAGCGAUGUUCAUAAAGAAGGAUGUACUCUUAAAUGGAAUCCCCCACAAGAUGAUGGAGGAGUUCCAAUUGAAUAUUAUUCUGUUGAAAAAAUGGAUACAUCUACCGGCCGAUGGGUAUCAGCUGGAAGGGCUAAAGAUCCUAAAAUUGAACUAAACAACCUAGAGCCUGGACAAGAAUACAAAUUUAGAGUUUCUGCCGUCAAUGCGGAAGGUGAAUCUGAACCGUUGGAAGCAGAUCAAACAAUAGUGGCUAAGAAUCCAUUUGACGAACCUGGUGCUCCUGGUAAGUGUGAAGUAACAGAUUGGGAUAAGGACCGAGUAGAUCUAAGAUGGACUCCACCUGUGAAUGAUGGUGGAUCUCCUAUCACUGGAUAUAUUAUUGAAAAAAGAGAGAAAGGAACUCCAAAAUGGAUAAAAGUAGGUGAAACCGGACCAUAUGAAACAAAAGGCACUGCAGACACUUUGGAUGAAGCUGUUGAAUAUGAAUUCAGAGUACGUGCUGUAAAUGCUGCAGGUCCUGGCGAGCCAAGUCAACCAUCUCAAUCAGUGAUUACGAAGCCUAGACGAUUGGCUCCAAAGAUUGAUCAACGCAACUUGUUCAAUAUAACAGUAAAAGAAGGGGAACCUAUCUACAUUGAUGUUAAAAUUAGUGGCGAACCAGCGCCUGAAGUUUCAUGGUAUCAAGAUGGCAAAACGUUAUGUCAAACCUCUUAUAAACACGUUGAUAAUAUUCCAUAUAACUCCAAACUAUUUAACGAUAAACCCGAACGCAAGGAUUCUGGAGUUUACAAAAUUGUUGCAAUGAACAAAUAUGGACAAGAUCAGGCUGAAAUCGAAAUAACUGUGGUUUCAAAACCAGGACAACCUGAGGGUCCUUUAGAAGUGUCAGAUAUUCAUAAGGAUAAGUGCACUUUGAAGUGGAAAAAACCAAAAGAUGAUGGAGGUGAGCCAAUUGAAAGCUACGUAGUGGAAAAGUUCGAUACCGAAACAGGAAUAUGGCUACCAGUUGGUAAAGUUUCCGGUGCUGUACCGGAAAUGAAGGUAGACGGCUUAACACCUGGACAUGAAUAUAAAUUCAGAGUAAAAGCCGUUAAUAAAGAAGGUGAAUCUGAGCCGCUUGAAACGCUCGGUUCUAUUGUUGCUAAAGAUCCUUACACAAUUGCUGGUAGACCUGGAACCCCAGAACCAACAGAUUGGUCAGCUAAUCAUGUGGAUCUCAAAUGGAUCGAACCAGUUUCAGAUGGUGGAUCACCUAUUACAGGUUACAUAAUUGAAAUGAAAGAUAAAUAUAGUCCCAUUUGGGAAAAAGCUCUUGAAACUACUAGUUCCAUACCUACAGCAACUAUUUCAGGCCUGAUCGAAGGAAAUGAAUAUCAAUUCAGAGUGAUAGCAAUAAAUGAAGCUGGGUUAAGUAUGCCUUCUGAUGCAAGUAAAACAUUUAUUGCUAAACCACGAUUCUUGGCACCGAAAAUUGACAGACGAUAUCUUCACGAUGUCACUCUUUCUGUAGGAUCACCACUUAAAUUUGAGGCAAACAUUAUUGGUGAACCACCUCCAUCAGUUGAAUGGCGCUUCCAAGGUACUGUUCUAAAGAAUGAUAAUCGUACAACAAUUGACAAUGUGGACUAUAACACCAAAAUGGCUAUUCGUCCUGUUAACCGUGAUGACACUGGUGAAUAUAAAAUUACAGCUUCUAAUAGUUCUGGAAAAGAUACACAUGUAAUCAAUGUUACGGUUACCGACAAACCUACUCCACCCCAAGGACCAUUACAAGUAUCUGAUGUUAACAAAAACGGAUGUAAACUUAAAUGGAAGAGACCUAAAGAUGAUGGCGGUGUCCCAAUUGAAUAUUAUCAAAUCGAUCGAAUGGAUCCGGAAACGGGUUGCUGGGUUCCAUGUGGAAGAGCUACUGAGCCUAAUUUUGAAGUAACUGGUCUUACUCCAGAACAUGAAUAUAAAUUUAGAGUGACAGCUGUGAAUUCUGAAGGGGAAUCUAAACCAUUAGAAAGUGAACAAACUAUACUUGCUAAAAAUCCAUUUGACGAACCUGGUGCCCCAGGUCACCUCAAAGCUACUGAUUGGGAUAAAGACCACGUUGAUUUGGCUUGGACUUCCCCAAAAGAUGAUGGUGGUUCACCUAUCACUGGAUAUAUCAUUGAAAAGAAAGAUAAGUUUGGCGACUGGGAAAAAGCUAUUGAAGUGCCAGCUGAUCAACUUAAAGCUACUGUAGCAGAUCUUAUAGAAGGACAGCCUUAUCAAUUCCGAGUAAAAGCCGUCAAUGCAGCAGGGCCCGGUGAACCAAGUAAUGAAACACCAAUUAUUAUAGCUAAGCCCCGUAAUAUGGCACCAAUGAUUGAUAGAACUAAUCUUAAUAAACUUAAAAUUCGUGCGGGACAAAACUUCAGCUUUGAUGUCAAAGUUUCUGGAGAACCAAUGCCUACUACUAAAUGGUUAAAUAAAAACAGAGAAUUGAAAUCCAGCGAUGGAAUGAAGGUACAACAUGGAGAAUAUAUUUCAAAAAUAAGUGUACGGAAUGCAACACGUGCUGAUUCGGGAACAUAUACCAUAACGGCAGAAAAUGUUAAUGGUAAAGAUAUUGCUGAUGUUGAAGUAAUUAUACUUGAUGUACCUAGUCCACCUGGUGGACCACUAAAAGUGUCCGAUAUCCAUGCUAAUGGGGCUAAACUCAGCUGGAAACCACCUGCUGACGACGGUGGGCAACCCGUUGAAAGAUACAUUGUAGAAAAAAUGGAUGAAGCUUCAGGUCGCUGGGUACAAGCUGGAGAAACUGAUGGACCAGAAACAUCUUUAGCUGUUGAAGCUUUGGUACCGGGUCAUAAAUAUAAAUUUAGAGUCAGAGCUGUUAAUAGACAGGGUAAAUCAGAACCCGUACAAACAAGUCAAGCUGUAGAAGCCAAGAAUCCCUAUGAUGAGCCUGGUAAAACAAGUGCACCUGAAAUUAUUGACUAUGACAAAGAUUUUGUUGAACUUAAGUGGAACAAGCCAGAAAAUGAUGGAGGCUCGCCCAUCACUGGAUACAUAAUUGAAAAACGUGAUAAAUAUAAUCCUAAUUGGGAAAAAUGUGCUGAAAUUGAAGGAGAUAUUCCUAAGGGGAAAGUUAAAGAUCUUAUAGAAGGAACUCCAUAUGAAUUUAGAGUUAGAUGUGUUAAUAAAGCCGGACCUGGGGAUGCAAGUGAUGCAUCAAAGAUACAUGUUGCCAGACCUAAAAACCUUGCUCCUAAAAUUGAUAGAAACUACUUCACAGAUCUUAAAAUUAAAGUUGGAUCCUCCAUCGAAUUCAAUGUUCCUGUUAUCGGAGAACCUCCUCCAUCAAAAGAAUGGAAACAUAAAGAAGAUCUCUUAUUCAACAAUGAGCGCGUUAAAAUUAUAAAUGAAGAUUACAAAACGAAUAUAAAGAUUAUAGAUGCCAAGAGAUCUGAUAGUGGAUCAUAUACUCUUACUGCGAAAAAUAUUAAUGGUAAAGAUGUAGCGACAGUUAAAGUUACUGUACUCGACAUUCCUACUCCUCCAGAAGGUCCUCUCAAAGCUGAUAAUAUUACUAAAAGCUCUAUAACUCUCCACUGGAAACCACCAAAAGACAAUGGUGGAUCAGAAAUUACACAUUACACUGUAGAAAAACUAGAUACGGAGAACAUGAGAUGGGUACCAUGUGGAGAGGCCAUAGGUACAUCUAUGCGUGUUGACCAUUUAAGUGAAGGACACGACUAUCAGUUUAGGGUGAAAGCGGUCAAUAAAGAAGGAGAUUCGGCUCCCUUGCAGACAACUGAAUCUAUCACAGCUAAAGAUCCCUUUAAUAAACCAGACAGACCCGGUGUUCCACUAGCCACAGACUGGGAUAAAGAUCAUGUAGACAUUGAAUGGACAGCCCCUAAGAAAGAUGGUGGUGCUCCUAUAACUGAAUACAUUAUUGAAAAGCGACCUAGACAUGGAACAUGGGAAAGAGUUUGUGACGUACCUGGUAAAACAACUAAAGCAACAGUACCCAAUUUAAUUGAAGGAGAGGAAUAUGAAUUCAGAGUUAUAGCCGUGAAUAAAGGAGGCCACAGUGAGCCUAGUGAAGCAAGUCUUCCCAUUACAGCUAAACCUAGAUUCCAAGCUCCCAUAUUUAACAAAAAUUUGUUGGAGGAUAUUACUGUUAAAGCGGGGCAGCGUUUUGGAUGGACCAUUCCUAUCGAAGCAUCACCUAAACCUGUUGCUAAAUGGACCCUAAAUGGUAAACAAAUUAAUUCAAGUGACAGAAUUGAUAUGGCUGUCUACAACAAUAAAGUGUCCUUCGAUGUUUCUUCUUCUUUGAGAUCGGACGCAGGAAGAUAUACAUUGACACUAACUAAUGAUUUGGGAAGCUUCACGGCAUCUGCACAAGUCACUGUAAUAGAUAAACCUACUCCACCACAACCACCACUAGACAUCACUAGUGUUACGAAAGACAGCGCUAGAAUUUCCUGGAAGGUACCAAUGGAUGAUGGAGGAUCACCUAUUUUACAUUAUAUUAUUGAAAAAAUGGAUGUAUCACGGGGAACAUGGUCAGAUGCUGGCAUGGCAACUAUCACCUCGCACGACAUCACAAGAUUGAUUCAUCGUAAGGAAUAUUACUUCCGAGUAAAAGCUGUAAACGCAGUAGGUGAAUCAGAACCAUUAGAAACACCAAAAAGUAUUAUUGCCAAAAAUGAAUUUGAUGAACCUUCUGCUCCUGGCAAACCAGCUGUUACUGAUUGGGAUAAAGAUCAUGUUGACCUUGAAUGGACUCCACCGAAAAGUGACGGUGGAUCUCCGAUUACUGGAUAUAUUAUUCAGAAAAAAGAGAAAGGCAGUCCUUACUGGACAAAUGCUGUGCAUGUUCCAGCGAGCAAAAAUAUUGCUACAGUACCUGAUUUAACAGAAGGACAAGACUACGAAUUUAGAGUAAUUGCCUCUAAUACUGCUGGACAGAGUGAACCAUCAGAACCAUCUGAUUCAGUUACAGCGAAAGCUCGAUUUCUGGCACCAAAGAUUAAAACACCUCUCAACGAUAUUCGAAUCAAAGCUGGACUUAUUUUACAUAUUGAUGUGGACUUCAUUGGUGAACCAUGUCCUUUAGUUACAUGGAGCGUUGGAAGUAAGCCAUUGACAGCAGAUGAACGUACUACUGUUACAUCAAUUGGCUAUCACACAACUAUACAUACUGUGAACGUUAAACGUUCAGACAGUGGUUUAUAUCACAUAUUGCUAAAAAACAAUUCGGGAAUUGAUGAAGGAUCGUUCCAUGUAACUGUACUAGAUCGUCCUGGGCCUCCACAGAAACCAAUUGAAUAUGAAGAAGUUACAGCUCAAAGUGUAACACUAUCAUGGAAACCACCUAAAGAUAAUGGUGGUAGUGAGAUUACUGGCUACGUUAUUGAAAAACGCGACUUGACACAUGGCGGUGGCUGGGUACCAGCAGUUAACUACAUUAAUCCUAAAUACACACAUGCAGUUGUACCCAGAUUAUUAGAAGGAACCAAAUACGAAUUCCGAGUAUUUGCAGAAAAUAUGCAAGGACGUUCAGAUCCAUUGGAGACUGAGAAGCCCAUUGUUGUUAGAAACCAAUAUGACGUACCUGGAAAACCUGGCAAACCAGAAUUAGUUGAUAGUGACAAAGACCAUAUCAGAAUAAAAUGGACUGCUCCUAUAAGCAACGGAGGUUCACCAAUCAUAGGUUAUGAUAUAGAACGUCGUGAUAGGGCGACUGGAAGAUGGGUUAAUCUGAACAAAGAGCCCAAUAGAAAUACAGAAUAUUAUGAUGACAGAGUUCAAGAAGGACAUCAAUAUGAAUACAGAGUAUCGGCAGUUAAUGCUGCCGGUGCCGGAAAACCAAGCGAUGUUUCUAGCAUAUUUACUGCUAAACCAAUGAAAGAAAAGCCCAAACUCUGGCUUGAUGGAAUUAUCGGCCGUAAAAUUAAAGUUCGUGCUGGAGAACCAAUCAACAUCAACAUUCCACUUUCUGGUGCACCAGCUCCAAAAUGUGAAUGGACUAAAAACAAAAUUAACAUUCCCGAAUCUAACAGAGUAUAUACUGAAACUACAAGUGAAAAUAGUAGACUUCGUGUUGAAUCAUCAAAUAGAGACGAUACUGGUACUUACACAAUUAAAGCAUCAAAUGAAUAUGGUACUGACGAGGCAGAUAUUGAAGUUAUUGUUGUUGAUAAACCUGGAAUUCCCAAAGGACCGUUACAAUACACAGCAACAACUCAAGAUACAAUAUCGUUAUCUUGGAAUCCACCAAAUGAUGAUGGUGGCGGUGAUCUUACUGGAUAUAUCGUAGAAGUUAGCGAAUUCGGCACAGAUAGUUGGCGUCCAUGUCCAGGCUUUUGUCCCAAACCAUCAUUCACUGCACGUGGUUUAACUGAGAGAAAAAAAUAUGUAUUUAGAGUUCGAGCUGAAAAUAUUUAUGGUGUUUCUGAACCACUGGAAGGUAAGCCAGUUGUGGCCAAAAGUCCAUUUGAUCCACCUGGUCCACCGAGUCAACCAGAAGUUACUGGCUAUUCUUCAUCUACUUGUUCACUUAAAUGGAAGCCACCGACUGCAACUGGCGGUAAACCAAUUACUGGUUAUUACAUAGAAAAACGUGAAAGAGGAGGGGAUUGGAUAAAGGUUAAUACAUAUCCGACUCCUAAUGUACAAUAUACUGUACAAGAUUUGCGAGAAGAUAAUAAAUAUGAAUUUCGUGUUGUGGCUGUCAAUGAGGCUGGUCCUGGAGAGCCAAGUAAACCAACUGAACCAAUUACUGCUCAAACUCAAAAAUUCGUACCAGAUGCUCCCGAGCCACCAAAAGCUGAUCGCAUCACAAAAGACAGUGUUACUCUGUCCUGGAGAACACCAAGAAAUGACGGUGGAUCUAAAAUUAGAGGUUAUAUUGUACAAAAACGACUUGUUACCAGUGAUAAAUGGGACGAUGUUAAUUCUACACCAGUUAAUGAUACGAUUUAUACAGUACCAAAUCUAAUUGAAGGUGAAACAUAUCAAUUUAGACUUGUAGCAGUCAACGAUGUAGGUAAAUCAGAACCUAGUAAACCCAGUAGCAACGUAAAAGUGGAAGAACAGCCGAAUAAACCUCGUAUGGAUUUAGCAGGCGUUAGGGAUAUUACUGUUCGAGCUGGAGAAGAUUUUAGUAUCCACGUACCAUACGUUGGCUUUCCUAAACCCACAGCAUCAUGGUUUGCUAACGACAAACUUCUUGAUGAAUCUGAUAGUCGGGUAUUCCCACAAUUGGCAGAUGAUUAUGCUAGUAUUAUCGUAAAGAAUUCUAAAAGGUCUGACAGUGGUCAGUACAGAUUACAAUUAAAGAAUCCAUCAGGUUUUGAUACUGCUACCAUAAAUGUUAAAGUAUUAGACCGACCUGGAAAACCCGAGAACCUACGGGCCGAUGAAUUUGCAGGAGAUGCACUUACACUUUAUUGGCAACCACCUAAAGAUAACGGUGGCGCCGAAAUUACGAAUUAUAACAUAGAAAAAAAAGAAGCUAAAUCACAAACUUGGACUAAAGUUAGUAGUUAUGUUACAGUUCCAUUUGUUAGAAUACGUAAUCUUACGCUUGGAAAAGAAUAUGAUUUUAGAGUUAUGGCCGAGAAUCAAUAUGGACAAUCAGAACCGGCUGUUACAUCUGAGCCUAUUAAAGCUAGACAUCCGUUUGAUCCUCCUGGGGCUCCUGGGGUACCUAGAAGUAUUGAAACUACUGAAGAUUCCAUUACGAUAACUUGGGCUAAACCAAGACAUGAUGGUGGCUCUCCAAUUACCGGUUAUGUAAUAGAAAAACGACUAAUUACUGAAGAUAAAUGGACUAAAGCAUGCCAUGCUCAAGUUCCAGACACAACUUUUAAAGUCAUUAAUUUGAUCGAAAAUCACGAAUACGAGUUUAGAGUAGCGGCAAUAAACGCUGCUGGACAAGGACCUUGGAGUUCAGCAUCUGAUGCUAUAUGUGCUAGAGCAGCUCCCAGUGCACCAAAAAUAACUUCAGAUUUAAGUAUUCGGGACAUGAUUGUGAUUGCUGGAGAAGAGCUCAAAAUCACUGUUCCAUUCACAGCUACACCUAAGCCUAGAGCAUCUUGGUGUAUUAAUGGAGAUGAAAUUAUGUCUGAUAGUAGAAUUAAAAUGGAUACCACUGACACUGCCUGUAUUUUUGUCAACAAAUGCGCUAAGCGAUCUGACACUGGUAGUUAUACAAUUAAAUUGACCAAUUCUGAAGGUUCAGAUUCUGCUUCAUGCAGAGUAUUAGUUGUGGAUAAGCCUCUACCACCUCAAGGUCCACUUGAUAUAUCCGAUGUGACUCCUGAUAAUUGUUCAUUAGCAUGGAGGCCACCAACAGAUGAUGGUGGUUCACCAAUAACAAAUUACAUUGUCGAAAAACUUGACACAAACGGUAUUUGGGUGAAAGUUAGCAGUUUUGUACGUAACACACAUUACGAUGUAAUGAGUUUAGAACCGAAUAAAAAAUAUAGCUUCAGAAUUAGAGCAGAAAAUCAAUAUGGUGUGAGUGCACCACUAGAGAGCGCAGAACCUGUUACUGCUAAAUAUCCAUUUACAGUUCCUGAGCCACCAGGUGCUCCUCGCGUCACUGACUGGGAUUUAUCAACAAUAUAUUUGAGUUGGGAUAAACCUAAUAAUGAUGGAGGUUCACGCAUUCAAGGCUAUAAACUUGAAUACCGUGAUAUAGUUCAUGAUACACAUUGGCAGAGUGCAAGCGAUUAUCUAAUCAAAGACACUCAUUUUGACUUAUUCAAUUUAACAAGCGGACAUGAGUAUGAAUUUAGAGUACGCGCAAAGAAUGCUGCAGGUUUUAGUAAACCUUCAGCUUCAUCGACUUCAUUCAAACUGAAAGGUAAAUAUAAUGUCCCAUCUCCUCCAAGAAACCCUAAAGUAAUUAACGUCGGUAAAGGUUACGUAGAUUUAACUUGGGAGCCACCAGUCAGUGACGGAGGGUCUCGUAUUACAGGUUACAUUAUUGAAAAACGCGAAAUUGGUUCUCCGUUGUGGACAAAAUGUAAUGAUUACAAUGUUACUGAUAAUAAUUAUACAGUUCUCAGUCUCAUGGAUAAAUCUGAAUACGAAUUUAGAAUUUUCGCCAUAAACACUGCCGGAAAGAGUGAACCUAGUAAUUGUACCACACCUGUUAAAGUUUGUGAAGUUCUUGGAGGUGAAAAACCGUACUGGAUACGUCGUCUUAACAACACAUUAGCACCUCUUGGUAAAUCGGUCACUCUAGAAUGUGAAUCUGCAGGAAAACCUGAACCAUGCUUCAGAUGGAUUAAAAAUGGUCGUGAAAUUAAAAUUUCUGGUAGAUUUAGAACCGAAAUCAAAGGAGGAACUGCAUUCCUUCACAUUUUAGACCUUCUUGGGAUUGAUGAAGGUGAUUAUACUUGCGAAGCUAGUAACACUCUUGGAGCAGUAACAACCACAGCUCGUUUAAAAAUUGGAACACCUCCAAGAAUUGAACGUCUACCAGAUGAUUUAUAUUUAGCUGAAGGAGAUAACACUAAGAUCAAAAUUUACUACUCAGGUGACCAACCUCUUGAUGUUAUCUUAUUGAAGAAUGGACAGACUGUCGAUGACUCUACACACAUCAGAUAUACAGUAUUCGAUGAUUAUAUUAUUAUAUUUAUAAAAGAUAUUAAUAAAAAUGAUGCCGGAAAUUACAACUUAACUGUGAAAAAUGAUAGUGGAAGUGCAUCAGGUAGCUUUAACGUAUAUAUUACUGGUUUACCUGGUCCACCAAAUGGCCCACUGGAAACGACUGAAAUUACAAAACAUACUUGCAGUUUGGCAUGGAAACCACCCAGUUAUGAUGGUGGUUUAAGGGUGACCCACUACAUAGUUGAAAGGAAAGAUGUCCUAGGAACCCACUGGAUCACUGUUUCUAGCUCUUGUAAAGAUACUAACUUCACUGUACAAGGACUAACAGAGGGACAAGAAUAUUUAUUCCGAAUAAUGGCUGUUAACGACAAUGGUGCAGGGCCGCCACUUGAUGGUGUCAAUCCAGUUAAAGUCAGAGCUCCAUUUGAUCCACCUGGGCCCCCUGGAAUACCUAAAGUAACCCAAGUAGGAGGAGAUUUUGUUAAUCUUGAAUGGUCCAAACCUGAAAUUGAUGGAGGAGCUAGAAUUCAAGGUUAUUGGAUCGAUAAAUGUGAAGUUGGCAGUGCAACAUGGCAACGAGUGAAUGUUUCACUUUGCUUACCAACACAAAUUAAUAUUUCCAAUCUGAUUGAGGGUCGUAAGUAUGAAUUCAGAGUAUUUGCUCAGAAUAAAGCUGGUAUUUCGUCACCGUCUAGUGCCUCUAAUAGUGUUGAAAUCAAAGAUCCACUUGCGGCUACACCUCCAGAAAUUAUCAAACCUCUUAAGAAUGCUCAAUGCAUUCAGAAUCAUAAUGCUAAAUUCGAAAGUACAAUUACUGGAAAUCCUACACCUCACAUUACUUGGUAUAAAGGAGCUAGAGAAAUUACCAGUGGUUCAAGAUACCAUAUUUAUAGCGAAGGAGAAGUACAUCAUCUUAUAAUUCACGAUGUUUUUGGUGAAGAUGCCGAUGAAUAUGUAUGCAGAGCUAGUAACAAAGCUGGAAUCAAAUCUACACGAGCUGAAUUAUUGAUAAUGACUGCUCCAAAACUGAACAUUCCUCCACGUUUUCGUGACUCUGCAUACUUUGACAAAGGUGAAAAUGUUGUUAUUAAAAUUCCAUUCACUGGUUUUCCCAGACCAAAAAUCACGUGGAUAAGAGAAGGUGAAUUGAUUGAAUCAGGAGGUCAUUACCACGUAGAAGUUAAAGAUAGACACGCUAUUCUUACUAUUCGUGAUGCUAGCAAACUAGAUAGUGGACCAUACAGAAUCACAGCCGAAAAUGAACUGGGACAAGAUACCACUAUUAUAAAGAUUCAAAUUGCUGAUCGUCCUGAUCCACCCCGUUUUCCAGCUGCUGAUAAUAUUGGCCAUGACUCUUUAGCACUAACCUGGAAAGCUCCUGUAUGGGAUGGUGGUAGCAAUAUCACGAAUUAUCUCGUUGAAAGGAGAGAGCAUCCGUUAUCGACUUGGAUAAGAGUGGGAAACACACGAUUAACCACUAUCGCAGUAAGUGGGUUAACUCCAGGACAUCAAUAUGAAUUCAGAGUAUAUGCUGAAAACAUUUAUGGGCGAUCUGAUCCGUCAGAUCUUAGUAAUCUCGUAACAAUGAAGGAUACUAUAAAGAAACAAGUAGAAAAGAAAAAAUACAAGGUUGAUGAAAAUGGUAAAAAGAUUCGCGAAUCUCAUAAAGAGCAAGUUAAAGACUAUGAUAAUUAUGUAUUUGAUAUUUAUUCAAAAUUUGUUCCACAGCCGGUUGAAAUUAAAACUAGAUCAGUGUAUGAUGACUACGAUAUUUUGGAAGAAAUCGGGACUGGUGCAUUUGGUGUUGUACACAGAUGCCGAGAACGGAAGACGGGUAACAUUUUCGCUGCAAAAUUCAUUCCAGUUUCCCAUGCAAUGGAGAAAGAACUUAUUAGAAAAGAAAUUGAUAUUAUGAAUCAGUUACAUCAUCCUAAACUAAUUAAUUUGCACGACGCAUUCGAAGAUGAUGACGAGAUGGUUUUAAUCUAUGAAUUCUUAUCAGGAGGUGAACUCUUCGAAAGAAUAACUGCAGAAGGGUAUCAAAUGUCUGAAGCUGAAGUAAUUAACUACAUGAGACAAAUUUGUGAAGGUAUCAAGCAUAUGCAUGAGAGAAAUAUCAUCCACCUUGAUAUCAAACCAGAAAACAUUAUGUGCCAAACACGAAAAAGCACAAAUAUCAAAUUAAUCGAUUUUGGAUUAGCUACUAAACUAGAUCCUAAUGAGAUCGUUAAGAUUUCUACUGGUACUGCUGAAUUUGCAGCACCUGAAAUUGUUGAGAGGGAACCUGUAGGAUUUUAUACAGAUAUGUGGGCAGUUGGUGUGUUAGGAUAUGUUCUGUUAAGUGGAUUAUCGCCAUUUGCUGGUGAAAACGACAUCGAAACAUUGAAAAAUGUUAAGGCUUGUGAUUGGGACUUCGAUGAAGAAGCGUUUGCCAAUGUUUCUGAGGAAGGCAAAGAUUUUAUUCGUAGAUUACUACUUAAAAAUAAAGAAAAACGAAUGACUGCUCAAGAAUGUCUCUUACAUGCAUGGCUCAGUGGAGACCAUAGUGAUUGGACUGAUGUCAUUGACCAAUCCAGAUAUAUUCAUAUACGAGACAAGAUUCGUUCUAAAUAUGAUGCUUGGAAUUCAUUUGCACUACCUAUUGGAAGACUUUCAGAGUACUCAUCUCUAAGAAAACUAUUAAUAGAAAAAUAUAAAAUACAUGAUGCCUACUUUGAUCGCAGACAAGCUGCACCAAGAUUUGUCAUCAAACCUCAAAGUGCUUUUUGUUAUGAAGGACAAAGUGUUAAAUUCUACUGUAGGGUUAUUGGUGUUGCUACUCCUACGGUUAGUUGGUACCAUAAUAACGUAGAAUUAAGACAAAGUGUCAAAUUCAUGAAGAGGUACGCUGGUGAUGAUUAUUAUUUUGUGAUAAACCGAGCUAAACUACAAGAUAGAGGAGAAUAUAUUAUUAGAGCUGAAAAUCACUAUGGUGCUAGAGAAGAAGUAGUAUUCCUUAAUGUUCAACCACUUCCUAAAGUUAUACCUGAAUACAAAUCAGAAGCGCCAGUUAUACGCAAACGAGAAGCACUACCAUAUACCUUGUGGAGAGAAGAAAAAGAAUGUGCCCCAAGUUUCACAUUCUUACUUAGACCUCGUGUUAUGCAAGAACGUGAUACAUGCAAAUUGCUGUGUUGUUUGAGCGGAAAACCUUUCCCAACUGUUAAAUGGUAUAAAGACAAAAGAGAACUUAGUAAAUACGAAUAUUCAAUGACCCAUUCUGAUGGUGUUAUAACCAUGGAAAUAGUGGGAUGUAGACCUUCUGAUUCAGGAAAAUACACAUGUAUAGCUACUAACCAGCAUGGAGUUGACGAAACUUCUUGUGUAGUAAUAGUAGAAGGUGCAACAAGUACUCCAGAACAAACAGAGUUGGCCAACAAAAUAUUAUACUCUGGUGACAGAAAGCAUAUAGAACAACCCAUAAAACCAGCUCCAGUUUCGGUAACUGUAAAGAAACUCAUUCCUUCAAUUAAUCCAUUGCAACCCAAAUCGAAUAAUCCUAGUAUGAAUAGUUUAGCACAUUCUUCAUCUAAUCUUAGCGUGGGAGAUGGAGAUAAAAGGACGUCUAGAAAAUAUGGCAGAUUGGAUUCUACGGGAAGUCCAAACAGAUCUAGAAAUGCAACUAAGGAAUUAGCAUUGCCUGACGAUUCAACCAUGUAUAUCCCACAAUUUACUAGAAGUUUAUCUGAUUUGACAAUUACUGAUGGAGACAGCUUAACACUCACAGCACAUGUGAAAGGAGACCCAGAACCUCAAAUUGUUUGGACUAAAAAUGGUAAAGUUUUAAGUUCUUCCGAAGUUGUUGACCUUAAAUACAAGAACGGAAUCGCAAAAUUACAUAUCAAUGAAGUAUAUCCAGAAGAUGAAGGAGAGUACAUUUGCAAAGCUACCAAUUCCGUAGGAGUUGCCGAAACGAAGUGCAAGCUUAAAAUUAAACCAAUGGUAAAUGCAGAAAAUGGCAAGAAAAAGUCUGAAGAUAAACCACCAAGAAUAGUGGACCAUUUCAAAUCUGAUUUUGUAGAUGAUGGGAAACCAGUAACGUUAUCUUGUCGUAUUAUAGGAGCAAACAAAUUUGAUGUUGUCUGGUUGCAUAACAACAAAGAAAUCAAACCAUCCAAAGAUUUCCAAUACACAAAUGAAGCUAAUAUCUAUAAAUUAAUAAUCGCCGAAAUCUUUCCUGAAGAUGCUGGCGUCUACACUUGUGAAGCCUUUAAUGAUGCUGGAGAAAGUUUCAGCAGUUGUACACUAAAUGUUCUUGUUCCAGGGGAACAACCCAAAAGCCCCGUUUUCAAAACAUUCCCGAUUUCCGCCACGGUAUCUGAAGGUGAAUCAGCAACCUUUGUAGCUGAGACAGAAGAUGAACCAUUACAGAUAAACUGGUUGAAAGAUGGAAAAGCCAUAAAGGCAAGCAGCGCUAAAUACAACUUUACCGCUGACGGAAAACGCUACACUUUACAAAUAUUAUCAUGCAAUUCCAAUGACAUUGGACAAUACCAAGCAAAAGCAAUUGGAAAGAAAGGAGAAACUUUUGCUGCCUUCUCACUUAACGUCGUAUCAUCUAGCGAAGUUUAAAAUUCAAGAAUUCAAAGCUCUAUGCGCUACAAUAACGCUGACUAACGAACGACUUGCUCCAAGAUUAUGUUCACGUAACAUUUAUGUAAUAAUAGUAUACUAAGUGUUUUAUAUGAAAAUUAAUAGAUAUUGGUAGUUACCUAAUUUUUACUUCGUUUACUACUAGCAUCCUCUACUUUAUCAAUCUACCUAAUCGGUACUAAGUUUUAAAUUAGGUAAUUAGUAAUUCAGAUCAAGCGACUUUCUCAUUUUUAAAAGGAGCAGAAUUAUCGACUUUCAAUUUACCAGUAUGUAAUGUGAAUAUUUAUUUUAAUUAGUGUGAAAGAGCUUCAGCUAUUUUUUCAUGACAUCAUCGUUUUAAUUUAAGUAUCAUUGAAAAUAUACAUAUUGCUUAAGCUAUGCUCAAUCAAAAUUGUACCAUAUUAUGUAAACAAGAAAAAUAAAUGUUAUUUUUUGAA